AUGGAAGUGAAAGGCCAAACGAAGUCGGUCAAGUUUCGCAGGAAAUUUGAAAAGGCAAAGCUGGAAUCGCUUCAAGCACAUAGAAUCCCCGAAGGGAAGGGGGAGAGGGAGGCAUGGAAAUCAAACUGGAAUGAAACCUUCCUUCUGAUUCUGAGAUGCCGAGAACCUGGUCUUCUUGUUCACGCCUCAACUGCUAAAGCUAAACCAAGAGUAGCUGGUGAAGCAAGUGGCUGGGUUGCAGAUCAAGCAAGAAGAGGAGACGGUCCGCUAGUUUCUUUGAUCCUACACGGUCUUCCUUUUCCAUUAUCUUCCAAUAGUUCGACCUAUCCAGAAAAAUUGUCGGCCUACGAAUGCGGUUUCGAUCCUUCCGGUGAUGCCAGAAGUCGUUUCGAUAUACGAUUUUAUCUUGUUUCAAUUUUAUUUAUUAUCCCUUAUCCGGAAGUAACCUUCUUCUUUCCUUGGGCAGUACCUCCCAACAAGAUUGAUCCGUUUGGAUUUAGGUCCAUGAUGGCCUUGUUAUUAAUUUUGACGAUUGGAUUUCUCUACGAAUGGAAAAGGGGUGCUUCGGGUCGGGAGUAAUCAAUCACUAGUGAUGAUAGGGCAAAAAUAGGGGAGAAGGACAAAAGAAAGAGCGAUGCCUACAUUAAAUAAAUUGAUUCGUCAUGGUAGAAAAGAAAAACGGCGCACGGACCGUACUCGAGCUUAGGAUCAAUGUCCCCAGAAGCAAGGAGUACGCCCGCGUGUUUCAACGAGAACACCGAAA